AUGGCAUCUCCCAGCUGUUCCCUGCCUGAGGACCAGUUCCAGUGCUCUGUGUGUUUGGAUGUGUUCACUGAUCCAGUCACCAUUGCCUGUGGACACAAUUUUUGCAUGGACUGCAUUAAAAAAUGUUGGGAGAAGACGACACAGUGUCAGUGUCCGAUGUGUAAGGAGAAAUUUCUCAGAAGACCUGAACUCAAAGUCAACACUGUUUUCAGAGACAUCGUAGAUCACUUUAAGAGGAGCAGAGGCCUUGACAAACCUGACGUCCCAUGUGAUGCUUGUAAUGGCAAGAGACGGAGAGCCAUGAAAUCCUGUAUAGACUGCGGUUUAAGUUACUGUGCAAUUCACCUGGAACCUCAUAAAACCGCUGAAAAACUAAAGAAACACAGACUAAUCAACCCGGUGGAUAAUCUAGACGACUGGAUGUGUAAGAAACACGAGAGACCACUGGAGUUGUUCUGUAGAGAUCACCAGGUGCUUGUGUGUCAGUUCUGCACUGAAACAGAACACAGGACACACAAUAUUGUUCCUUUGGAGAAGGAGAGUGCCAAGAGGAAGUCUCAGGUGGAGAGGACACAAACAGAAUUACAGCAGAUGGUAAAGGACAGACUGAAGAAGAUGCAGGAUCUCAGGCACUCUAUAGUGCUCAGUAAUAAAAGCACAACAAAAGGCCUGGAGUUCCUCAGCGCUCUGCGGAGCUCUAUGAAGAGAAGCCUUUCAGAGCUGGCUGAGGUGAUGGAGGAGAAGCACAAAGCCACAGAGUGGCAGGCCAAACAGUUCAUUAAAGAGUUGGAUCAGGAAAUCAUUGAGCUCAAGAAGAGAGAGACGGAGUUGGAGCAGGUCUCACACGCCGAGGAUGACCGCAAACUCCUGCAGAUUUCUGAAUCGCUAUGCAGACCUCCAGCAACCAAGAACUGGGCUGAGAUCCACCUUAAUGGACAUUUGUAUGUGGAGACGAUGAAGAGAGCAAUGUCUGAGCUGGAAAAGUCAUUCCGUAUGGAGAUGGAGAAAAUACCGGAACUGAAACUGAGGAGAAUUCAGGAGCAUGCAGUGGAUGUGACUCUGGAUCCUGACACAGCGCAUAGCUACCUCAUCCUGUCUCCUGACGGGAAACAAGUGAGAGAUGGAAACACACAACAGGAUCUCCCUGACAAUCCAAAGAGGUUUAAAAACUAUUGCCUUGUCUUGGGAAAGGAGGGAUUCUCCUCAGGGAAAUUCUACUACGAGGUCCAGGUCAGUGGGAAGACCGAAUGGGAUUUGGGAGUGGCCAAAGGGUCCAUCAGCAGGAAGGGGACGUUGACAGCAAGCACUUCAGACGGACAGUGGACUCUUCUGCUUAGGAACGGGAACGAAUACAAAGCACUAGAACCCCCUUUUUCUCCCCUCUCUCUGAAGCAGAAGCCCCAGAAGGUGGGGGUGUUUGUGGAUUAUGAGGAGGGUCUGGUCUCCUUUUAUGACGUGGAUGCAAAGAGCCAUAUCUACUCUUUCACCCGUCAGUAUUUCACCGAAAAAAUCUAUCCGAUGUUCAGUCCAUGCCGUAACAGCGGAGGUAAUAACUCAGCCCCUCUGGUCAUCACUCCUGUGUGUUACACCUUGUGA